UGCAACAGCGCGGCGGUGGGAAGGAGGAUGGAGACGCGCCCGGUGCCGCCGCUCCGCUUUUCCUGGCGGUUCUUUCUGUGGCUCGGUGUGUUUCGGGUGUGUGUGAGCUCGGUGCUGGAGUGUCCGCCGACCUGCAUCUGCUCCAGCACGGAGAUUUACUGCAAUAAGUCGCACCAGGGCAGGUUCUUCCCGCUGCUCGCCCCGCAGGAGCACGAGCCCGGUCCAGAGGCGGCCGGCAACGGAACCCACAGCGGCGCGAGCAUCUCCGAGCUCUUCCAGAACAUCACCUCCAUACACAUCGAAAACUGGUUGGGCCUGCAAACUGUACAAGAAGUUGACAUGGCUCUGUACACUGGAAUCCAGAGACUGACGAUCAUGAACUGCAAUUUGAGGACGAUCCAGUCUCGAGCCUUCUCCCAGAACCGACAUCUACGUUACAUAAAUUUAUCCAAGAACCCUCUGACUACUCUUUCCUGGCAGCUCUUCCAGAAUUUGGAGCUUAUCGAACUGAGGUUAGAGGGCGUGGUGUUUAACUGCAGCUGUGAGACUCGGUGGAUCCAGCUGUGGCAGCAGAGAGGAGAAGCAGGUCUCCACAAGCAGCAGCUUUUCUGUAACACAGGCUUCAGUCAGAUCCCACUGCAGCUGCUCAACAUCUCCCACUGCGAUGUUCCAGAAAUCAGUGUGACACACAGCAGCCUGAUGGUGAAUGAGGGAGAUCGGGUCAUCAUCACGUGUAACGGUACUGGAGAUCCAGUUCCUGAUGUGGACUGGAAGGUUAGCUCACUGAAAUCCAUCAGUAUACAGCAGGCCACUCAGUUUCCUCCGUACGUGCACUCGUUGACGUUGACCCUGUUUAACGUGAGUCGGGAUGAUAACCUGUCCCUGCUGCCCUGCACCACCGAGAACAUCGUGGGCAUGAGCAACACAUCUGUCCACCUCUCCGUCCAGUUCCCUCCCACCAUUGAGCGCUUCGAGAACCCGGAGAAAUGGCAUGACACUUGCAUGAUGUUCAUCGUGCGAGGCCAGCCGCUGCCCACGGUGCGCUUCUUCUACCAAGACGCCGAGCUGGUGCAGACCAGCUACAUCCGCAUGGAGGCCGAGGUUUUCCGGGACUCGCUCGAGGGCUGCCUCAUCUUCAAAAACCCCACCCACCACAACAAUGGCAACUACACACUGGAGGCUCGCAACAUGCUGGGCAUGGCCACCAAAACAGUCGACGCCCACUUCAUGGGAGCACCAUUUGAUGGAGACUAUGUGGAAUACGUUCACCCCUCAGCUCACUUCCCUGUGAGUCCGAGUCUGACUCCCACCAUUGCUGUAACUCACCGGCCUGAAGAGGACACGUUUGGGGUGUCGAUCGCAGUCGGCUUGGCUGGCUUUGCCUGCAUCCUCCUCCUCGUCAUGUUUGUCCUCAUUAACAAAUAUGGCAGGCGUUCCAAGUUCGGCAUGAAAGGUCCUGUAGCUGUGAUUAGUGGAGAAGAAGACAGCGCCAGUCCCCUCCAUCAUGUUAAUCACGGUAUUUUAAGCCCAUGCACAUUGGAUGCUGGACCCGAUGCCGUCGUCAUCGGUAUGACCCGAAUCCCUGUCAUCGAAAAUCCACAGUACUUCCGUCACGGCCACAACUGCAACAAACCUGCGACAUACGUGCAGCACAUAAAGCGACGGGACAUUGUGCUGAAGCGCGAGCUCGGCGAAGGCGCUUUCGGGAAGGUCUUCCUGGCAGAGUGCUAUAAUCUCAGUCCCACCAAGGACAAGAUGCUCGUUGCUGUGAAGACGCUGAAGGAUCCCACGCUGGCGGCGAGGAAGGAUUUCCAGCGUGAGGCCGAGCUCCUGACCAACCUACAGCACGAGCACAUCGUCAAGUUUUAUGGAGUUUGCGUGGACGGAGACCCGCUCAUCAUGGUGUUCGAAUACAUGAAGCACGGAGAUCUUAACAAGUUCCUCAGAGCUCACGGCCCCGAUGCGAUGAUCCUGGUUGACGGACAGCCACUGCAGACGAACGGGGAGUUGGGUCUGUCCCAGAUGCUGCACAUCGCCACUCAGAUCGCAGCAGGCAUGGUGUACCUGGCGUCUCAGCACUUUGUGCACCGAGACCUGGCGACACGCAACUGUCUGGUUGGGAACGGGCUGCUGGUGAAGAUCGGAGACUUCGGAAUGUCGAGAGACAUCUACAGCACUGACUACUACCGGGUUGGCGGUCAUACGAUGCUUCCUAUUCGCUGGAUGCCUCCUGAAAGCAUAAUGUACCGCAAAUUCACCACCGAGAGUGAUGUAUGGAGCUUCGGCGUCAUCCUGUGGGAGAUUUUCACCUACGGCAAGCAACCGUGGUUCCAGCUCGCCAAUAAUGAGGUGAUCGAGUGUAUAACGCAGGGCCGGGUGUUGGAGCGUCCUCGUGUCUGUCCUAAGGAGGUUUAUGACGUGAUGUUGAGCUGCUGGCAGCGAGAACCGCAGCAGAGGCUCAACAUUAAAGAGAUCCAGAAAAUUCUGUUCGCUUUGGGAAAAACAGCACCGGUUUACAUGGACAUCCUCGGCUAAAGCAACCAGUCACAACCGGAACCGGAACUGGACCACACACACACACACACACACACCUGAGCAAUGGGACGGACUUAAGUGCCUGCUACACCUUUCCAAAUCAUGGAUACGAGUCUUUAUGGAGCACUUUUUUUUUUCUUUACCUGGAGACGGAAGCGUACAGUUCUACUGACCGGAACCGGAGACGGCUUUGGAUUAUGUUUUUGUUUUUUCUAGAAAGAAAACAUUUUAUAAACCUGGAAAAGGAAAAAAAAACUAAACUUUUUAGUUUGGUUUCAGCUUGAUGGAAAAUAAAAGUUCACGCUUCACUUUUUUUCUUUAAUUAUUUUUUCAGCGUUUUGUUUCUCGCGAAGGAGUAAGAAACCUUUUCCAGGACGAGAGCCGAUCACAGCUGGAUCUUCUCCAUGUCUGUAGAGAAGAGACCCAGUAGGGCGUUUCCUUCCUGAAAGCAGGAGCUUCUCACCCAAUCGUGGAACUUUCCAGUGUGACAGAGUCGACCAAUCACAGCGAAGGAGUUUAUUUAAACAAAGCUGAAUGUAUAUAAUGUAAAUUUCUGUGUCCGUAUGGUAACUUAUUUCAUUUUUUGCUAU